UCACGGGACAUGUUAGUUGGGUUUGGUGAGCUAUAUUGGGCCAAUGUUGGCGCCAACAUGUUAUGCCAACGCGAGUGGGUGGGUGGAGUGUGGAGUUGACGUUUUAGUGACGGGACUGUUUGAGUACAACAAGAGUACAAUCAUGAACAUGAGUGAAUCUUUGUGUGUGAAUAUAAACAGUGUCUUGUUUGACAGAAAAUUGCAUCCCGAUAACUAAGAUAAAUUUGUGUUCGCUUUAAAUUGUUGUUUUCUUUUCAGUCUUUUAAUUUGGAUAUGGAGCAAUGAUCUACAAUCGCGAAUCCCAAAGACUUGCAAAUGUUUUUUAAUCAAUCAAAGAUUAAACUCAUUAUUUAAUAACUUCACUACAACAAUCAAUCAAUAAAUUGUUUUGAAGUUUUUUUUACCUUUGUUCCCUCCUAUUCUAUUUGCUUUCUAAUUAGAUUGGUGUAGAUAUCUACUUUGAUCGAAGUGUUUAAACAACACACAGCAAUUCAGGAGUUUACUUGACUGACUUUGAAUUUAAUCGAAAAUGUCAAACAAUUCUAUGGGACAAACCCCAAAUAUUGGCCUUGGGUCUUUAAACCAAAGUGGUAUACAAUACGUGAACAACCCAUUGCAAAGCCCUCAAAUACAGUCUCCAUCUAUACAAGGAUCUCCAUCACAGCACAGUCCUAUGGGCAUUCAGUUACAAAUAGGUUCUAAACCAAAUGCAAGUGGAUUCGGCGAACAACCCACACCGCCGAUUAUGAGCCGGCCUCGUUUGCAAGAGCUAGUGAGGGAGGUAGAUCCAACAGUUCAACUAGAUGAAGAAGUUGAAGAGAUGUUACUGCACCUAGCGGAUGAUUUCAUAGACUCCACUUUAAACGCAGCUUGCUCUUUGGCGAAACACAGACAUGCCUCUACAGUGGAGCUCAAAGAUGUGCAAUUGACACUAGAACGGCAAUGGAAUAUGUGGAUACCUGGAUUUGGUAAUGAUGACAUACGACCAUAUAAACGAGCCGCUGUCACUGAAGCACACAAGCAACGCAUGGCCCUCAUCAAGAAGACUAUCAAGAAGUAUUAAAUAUUCUCUUGUAUUAUAUAUUACUAUUAACUAUUUAUAUACCUAUUUAAGUGUUUCAAACAACACAUUAGUUGGUAAAUGUUGAAAUCUCAACUUUUGAAUAGAUGAAGCAUUAAUUACUAGUCAGGUGAAGUAUAAUUCCUUACAUAUUAUCAAUGUGUUUGAAAAUAUUG